CAUUUGAGACAGAGUGAUGAGCACUUUAAAUGGGAGGAAUCCAGCCUUCAACGCAAAGUGACGCUGCAGUUGGAUCAAAUGCUGGAGUAAACUUGCCCAACAGGUCAGUGUUUCUGAAGCACCGGCCUUGAGAACAGAAGGUGAGGCAGAUGUGAGUCUGAGAAGCAGAAAACAACGAUUUGAGCAACGAAGGUCAAAUCAGAAAAAGGUUUUGAUUGAGCAGAGCGGAGGAGAAACUGCAGGGAAAUCAGAAAACAGACAACAGUUCCCUGCAUCCCUGAGGGUCUCGGGGGGACAAGCUGUUCGUGGAGAAAAGCCAAGAUUCUUGCAACUUUCACGCUCCCCACGUCCUGUCCAGACCCACCUCUCCUCUCCAAAACCCUCCUCUGCCGUUCUUGCUCAACAGACCCUUUCAUAUUUCACUCUGUUCGCCCGUCCGCUCGCCUCCCCUCGUUCUGGCCUCCCUCUCUCCUCGUAGCUCACUUCCUCUCGCCUCCACCUGUCCAAGAAGGACAGACGUCCCAGAACUGUCCCACUCUCGUCUCUGCAGCCUUUCCUCACCCUCCUGGCCCCUCGGUUCCCCUCAUGGGCACCAUAUCAGACUGCAGCAGCACAUUCCCUACGUCUUCACUGAGAGCCCCUCUCCAGCCCUAACCGCUCUGCCAACGCCAACACCAACACAACCCGAUGGACACAAGAGACAUAAUGAUGACCAGCAUGCUGACAAUGGACAAAGGGGAGGAUGGGGGAGAGAGGGACAAAGGUAGGGAGGAGGUGGAAGGGGAAGAGGAGGAGACACAGCGGGAAAACGGCCGACUGGUGCUGGCCGACGGCGUCGCGGACAGAGGACCCAAAAACGUGACUUUGGGCUCCAGCCAGCAGGUGUCCAAUGGCUUCACAACGUCUACCCCGCAGAGCCCCAGGGAGGGACCGGGAACCGCUGCAGGCGCAGCAUCCGGGCCCCCAGGAGGCACCGGGUCUACGGUGCCGCUGGGAGGGCUGAGAACUCUGGUGGUUCAGCAGACCAGCCUGGAGCGGCCCAGGGAGACCUGGAGCAAGAAGAUGGACUUCCUGUUGUCUGUGAUUGGCUACGCCGUGGACCUGGGAAACGUCUGGCGCUUCCCGUACAUUUGCUACCAAAAUGGAGGAGGUGCCUUUUUGCUGCCAUACCUGUUGAUGGCAGUGUUCGGGGGUGUGCCCCUGUUCUACAUGGAGCUAGCUCUGGGGCAGUUUCACCGCAGUGGCUGCAUCUCCAUCUGGAAACACAUCUGCCCCAUCUUCAAAGGAAUCGGCUUUGCCAUCUGCAUCAUAGCCCUCUACAUAGCAUUCUACUACAACACCAUCAUGGCCUGGGCUCUCUACUACCUACUGUCAUCGUUUCGGCCCACCCUGCCCUGGACCACUUGCAGCAACAGCUGGAACACGGCCAACUGUCACCGCUACAUGUCCUCUGACCACAACGUGUCCUGGUCCAACUCGUCCACGUCGCCAGCCGAGGAGUUCUAUACUCGGCAGGUGCUACAAGUCCACCUCUCCCCAGGCCUGCACCAGCUGGGCUCCAUCAGCUGGCAAUUGGCCCUCUGUUUGCUCUUCAUCUUCACCAUUGUCUACUUCAGCAUCUGGAAAGGAGUCAAGACAUCUGGAAAGGUAGUGUGGGUGACGGCUACAUUUCCCUAUCUGGUUCUCCUGAUAUUGCUGAUCCGUGGGGCCACUCUGCCAGGAGCCUGGAGGGGCGUUGUCUUCUAUCUCAAACCUGACUGGGAGAAGCUGCUUAGCACUACAGUGUGGAUCGAUGCAGCAGCUCAGAUCUUCUUCUCUUUGGGGCCGGGCUUUGGCGUGCUGCUCGCCUUUGCCAGCUACAACCCAUUUCACAACAACUGCUACAAAGAUGCGCUGGUCACCAGCUCGGUGAACUGUCUGACCAGCUUUCUGUCGGGUUUUGUCAUCUUCACCGUGCUGGGUUAUAUGGCCGAAAUGAGACACCAAAGCGUGGACGUUGUGGCCAAGGACGCAGGCCCCAGUCUGUUGUUCAUCAUUUAUGCAGAAGCCAUAGCGAACAUGCCUGCCGCCACGUUCUUUGCCAUCAUUUUCUUCCUAAUGAUCAUAAUGUUGGGUCUGGAUAGCACGUUUGCAGGCUUGGAGGGGGUGAUUACAGCCAUGCUAGAUGAGUUCCCUCAUAUCCUGGCCAAGAGGCGAGAGUGGUUUGUCUUUGGUCUCGUUUGUGUCUGCUACCUCGGGGCUCUGUCUACUCUCACAUAUGGUGGAGCGUUUGUUGUGAAGCUGUUUGAGGAGUACGCUACGGGCCCUGCAGUCAUCACUGUGGUUCUGCUAGAAGUCAUUGCCGUUUCCUGGUUCUACGGUACCAACCGCUUCUGUAAUGACAUCCAGCUCAUGCUCGGUUUCUACCCGGGUUGCUUCUGGAAGGUCUGCUGGGUGGCCAUUUGCCCUUGCUUUCUUCUGUUCAUCAUCAUUAGUUUCCUGGCCUUCCCACCCGAGGUCCGGCUGUUCAACUACCACUACCCAGCGUGGACCACCGUCCUGGGCUACUGCAUCGGCGUGUCCUCAUUCAUCUGCGUGCCUGCUUACAUGGUCUACCACUUGCUUAACGCUAAGGGCACAUUCAAUCAGCGCCUGUUGAAAAGCAUCACCCCCGAGCCCAGCAGCGACAACCACAGAGACUACAUUGUGACCAACGCAAUCUGACCAAUCCCUGACCCACAAGAAGGCCCCGGUCUAACUUUCCUGGGGGCGCCCUCUCCUGGACACACACUGAAAAUCCACUGGACAAGGGGGCUAAUUUGUACCGUGUUUGCCUCUUUUCAAACAUCUCCUCAACUCAUUCAGUCUCUUUCCCACCAAGAUCUAGAAACAGUAAUGGGAUUAGUCCGAACCGUGUUGCAACAGUUACUUUUAUUUAUUUUUAUUAUUUUUUAGCUUUGUUUGAUUCUAUGUGAUGGUUCUGUUUGCAGUUAUUACUGUGGGAUUUAUUCCACAUUUAUUUUUAAUCAUCUAAAGCAACAUCAGUGACCAGCCAACAAAUAGUUUGAACACAAAGUAUAAUUCAGUAAUAUUUAAAAAAAAAUACUUUACAUUCCACUCUCAGUAUCUUUGGGUGUAUUUUUCAUAUUAUUUGGUUGCGUUAUGCGUUCACUUCAGGUAUUUUUCAUCAGUUACUGAAACCAAAUAUAUACAACCUGUUCUGUUCCUGUUAUUUAUGCUGUUUUGAUAUUACUGAUUUCUUCAUGUUGUGUUGACUGUCAGCCUGUGUUCUUCUGAUGUCAUCGCAAAAUGACCAACAGGUUUGCAACGAGGUCCCAACACUGUGAAGAGACAUGAGUGUGUGUGUAUUUGUGUGUGCGUGUUUAAGAAACAUAGACUGUUAGAAUAUCCAGAAGGAAACAAAAUGCAGACAGAAGAUCCAAUCGUGUGUUCAUUCUAUUACUGCAAUAUAAGAUAAACGUAUUUAUUUUUU